CCGGCUUGGUCGGUCAGCCGCCUCUUCGCCGGGCCGAUCGAACCCAGCCACUCAUCGCUCCGUCCCUCCGUCAUGAGGACUGUUCGUCAGUAUUUGUUCGUGACCGCGCGUCCGAUGAAGGGCCGAUGGCGAGUAGCGACGAACAGCUAUUGUCGCGCCGGCAAUUUUUUUUUGUAUUUUCUCAGCUGCGCAGUACUACAUCCAUACAGUCGCAGUACUAAAUCCAUACAACAAAUGCAUAGUGCAACAUGGGUUAGAAGGGCAUCAAAUUCCCUAAUCCUCAUCAAUCCAGCGCAGCAACUUGAAGUAGUAUCUUGCGUCUCCUUGCUUGGUAGAGUUCCACCUGCAGUAUCCCAGCAGACUCUCUGCGGCCCCGGGCUCAUUCUUUCUAUUCACGAGCGAUUCUAUGUUUCUUGAGUAAGAAAAGAACACCACAUAGUUUCUAUUAUCCUGCAGUAAUCGAAAAACCAAAAUGGCAAUCGACGCCCAACUACAUCAAGCGACCGCGCACGCCGAGUGCAGCACGACCAGCAGUGCAGACUCAGCAGUAGACGACAAGACCCAAAUAGAAUCCGAUUCCCCAGCAUUUCGCUCCAUGGCCGAGGUUCUAAACGACCAGCCCGACCACGAAAGCCUCACAUGGACGGGAGAGGAGGGGGAAAUUCUCAACGAGUUACUGCAGAAAGACACCUUCUUGCGAAAAUGCGGCCAAAACUUGCCAAAGGAGAAGGCGGAGUUUAUCGAAGCACAAGCGAGGAAAAAUAUGAACAGUGCUGAGGCUGCUGGCGCCAACGCAACAUCUUCUCCUGCUUUUGACUACCUGACCAUUCGGAAAAUUAUCGAAGGGCUGGAGGCGCCGCAUUUAAAACCAGAGCCGAGCUGGUUGGAAGAAGCGAAAAGUCCAAACUGUUGGACCGUGUUUACGCUGCUCGGGCAUUACAAGAACGGUGGAUCUUUUUGAACGGAUUGUAAGUCGAGGAGUUGUGGCCCUGCAGAAGAAGAAGAGCGCCGCGGCUUCCUUUCAAUUCUUGUUGCGCACGAAGCGAAUUUCAAUUCCGACUUUGGAAUCAUGAGAGCCGCGAAGACCUGUGGAAACAAAUCGAGAUAUUUCCACGCGAAAGCGAACAACUUGGAUGCAUUGAUUACGCAGUUCACUCUUGAGGACUUCAACGCCACACUUCACAACAAGGAUUGCUCAUCAUAAUUUCAUCUAUUAUUGCCACGCAACGAGUUUCAAAGAUAACGAAU